AUGGCUUCUGAUUCAUGGGCUUCUCGCUUUUCAACUUCUUCAAGAAGAUGUCACACUCGAUCUGAUCUGUAUGAAGAGACUGAAGCAGAAGAGGAUUUGAAAGCAGAGUAUUUGUGUCCGUUUUGCGCCGAGGAUUUUGAUGUUGUUGGUCUCUUUUGCCACAUCGAUGAAGAGCAUCCUGUUGAAGCCAAAAAUGGGGUGUGUCCAGUUUGUGCUAAAAGGGUGGGGAUGGACAUUGUUAGUCACAUUACUGGGCAGCAUGGGAACUUCUUUAAGAUAUCCUUUUAUCGUAAGAGGAGAUUGCGAAAAGGGGGAGCUAACUCAGCAUUUUCUAUAUUGAGAAAAGAGCUGCGAGAAGGAAGUUUACAAUCCCUUCUCGGUGGAUCCACGUGCUUUGUUUCUUCCUCCAAUACAGAACCUGAUCCAUUGCUUUCACCUUUCAUAUUUAAUCCACCUGGUUUUGACGAACCACUGAAUGCAAAACCUCUUUCUUCUGCUGAAGCAAGCAAAGUGAAGGAGAACACAACUGAGGAGUUUCUAGAAAAGAAAGUCCAACAACAGCUACAUCUAUCAGACAAGGACCAAGAGGAGAAGUCCCGGAAAUCAGAGUUUGUCCAAGGACUAUUGCUCUCUACCAUUCUUGAUGAUGAGUUAUGA